CGAUGGUCGAAGAGUGACAAAAGUGCAAUCCCUACGGGGUAUAUCUCAAAUUGGCGCAAGCACUGCAACGAGAGAAAAACAGUCAAUACGAAAUUGAUCACUUUCUAAUUUCUCACACGACCUCUCGAGUCUCGACUCGAAUCUCCAGUAGCGUGCAGCAGCUGUGCUACUGAAUCGACGAGGGUUGUUGAUUUGGCUUCGCUUACUGAGCCCGCGCGAAAGAGAGAGAUGCAGUACUGGUCGGAACAAGAAAGAAGGAGAGGAGUUCUCUGAGUUGUUCUCCCCAUUUCUUAUUCUUCUGAACUAUCCUGUUCUUUGUAGCAUGUUCGCGAUGGCCACGACGUUGACGAUGAUGAGCGGUCAUGACGCCGCUGACGGCGGAGGAGGAGGAAGUCAAAUAUCGCCGACGAGCCUCUUUUCUUCUUCUUCUUCUACUUCUUCUUCUCCGCCGUCGUUGCACCCGGGAAAGGAGCAACAAGCCGCCGGAGUUGGCAUCCUCCUUCAGAUCAUGAUGCUGGUCCUCUCCUUCGUACUCGGCCACGUCCUCCGCCGUCACAAAUUCUACUAUCUUCCGGAGGCCAGUGCUUCUCUUCUCAUUGGGUUAACUGUUGGCGCGCUUGCUAACAUCUCUGACACUGAAACUAGCAUCAGGUCUUGGUUUAAUUUCCACGAGGAAUUUUUCUUCCUCUUCCUGCUACCCCCAAUUAUCUUUCAGUCAGGUUUCAGUCUUCAACCAAAACCGUUCUUCUCCAACUUCGGGGCCAUUGUAACUUUUGCUAUCCUGGGAACCUUUAUAUCUUCAGUUGUUACUGGCGUUCUAGUUUACCUUGGUGGUCUAAUGUUCCUCAUGUACAAGCUCCCAUUUGUCGAAUGUCUAAUGUUUGGCGCUCUGAUAUCAGCCACAGACCCGGUCACUGUCCUAUCCAUAUUUCAGGAACUUGGAACGGAUAUGAAUCUGUAUGCACUGGUGUUCGGAGAAUCGGUUCUUAAUGAUGCGAUGGCGAUAUCCUUGUAUAGGACUAUGUCCUUGGCAAGAAGUCAUGUAUCAUCUGGACAGAAUUUCUUCAUGGUGGUUGUCCGGUUUCUCGAGACCUUUGUUGGAUCAAUGUCUGCAGGCGUAGGAGUUGGAUUUAUUUCAGCAUUGCUUUUCAAAUAUGCUGGUCUGGAUAUUGACAAUCUCCAGAACUUGGAGUGCUGCCUAUUUGUUCUUUUUCCGUAUUUUUCGUACAUGCUUGCUGAAGGUCUGGGCCUCUCUGGAAUUGUGUCAAUAUUAUUCACAGGAAUUGUCAUGAAACAUUAUGGCUACUCAAAUCUGUCAGAAAAUUCUCAACGCUUCGUUUCUGCAUUUUUCCAUCUGAUAUCAUCACUGGCUGAGACAUUUAUAUUCAUAUACAUGGGAUUUGAUAUUGCGAUGGAACAGCAUAGCUGGUCCCAUGUUGGGUUUAUCUUCUUCUCAAUUAUAUUCAUUGGAGUUGCAAGGGCAGCUAAUGUCUUUUCUUGUGCAUAUAUGGUCAAUUUGGUUCGACCUUCCCAUCGUCACAUACCUAUAAAUCACCAGAAAGCACUCUGGUAUAGUGGACUUCGAGGGGCUAUGGCUUUUGCACUGGCGCUGCAAUCUGUUCAUGAUUUGCCGGAAGGACAUGGCCAGACUAUAUUCACUGCCACAACUGCUAUAGUUGUCUUGACGGUGCUCCUGAUUGGAGGUUCAACAGGUACUAUGCUAGAAGCUUUGCAAGUUGUUGGCGAGGGGCACGAGAGCCCCUUGGAUGUGGACGAAGUAAGCUUUUCCGUUUACCGACUCUAAUUACUCUUCGAUUUUUUUCAAUGCUCAUAUUUGUUUACCUGAAAUAGUGCGCUCUUUCACCUAUUUGUUCUGUGUCUCCUUUUCCCAUUUCCAAGUCUUCUGUAGCAAAUUAGGCAAUUAAUUAACCAAUAUACUAUGGCUGUAACUCCACCUUGACCGGGUUGGUAAAACACUGGUUUUAACUGACGCUAAAUGUGAACAUUCAAGUUGUAUAUAUCAACCGUUCAUCUGUUAACUGACCACUGAGGUGGAAUAUUUUUAAUCAACAUAGUAAUUCAGAUGUUUAAUAACAAAUGUAAAGUAGCAAUAUUUCUAAAUCUGGCCAUGCAUGCGUAGAUCAUUUGCUCUUGUCCAUGCAACAUGCCUAUAGAUAAUGAUCUGUCGCUUUACUUGAACUGUUCUUCACUACUUUGCAUUUGUAGACUUCUGGUGAUAAUUUUCGAUACAUUGCUCCUCCCUACGAUGAUGAUUCAACAUCAGAGAAUAGGUUCAAGCUGAAACUGAAGGAGCUCCGCAGGAGGUAAGAUAGAAAUUCUUCCCCUUUGCACAUCGAAAUACUUAGCAAGGUUUUUCCUAAGUUUCUUGUCUUAAUUUUUUGUUCAUAUCUAUCAUCUAACUGUUUUUGUCUAUUUCCAGCACCCCGUCGUUCACAUCACUAGAUAGGAAUUAUCUCACCCCAUUUUUCACUACACAAAAUGGAGAUGAAGGUGACAUUGAUGGUAAGCUUCCGUUCUGAUGUCUUGUUUAAGGAAUAGCUACUCAUUCGAAAAGAUGAAAAUUUUGGCCAUCAAUAGGAGUUUAAGACCUCAUACUUUCCAUGUACUACCUGAGAUUGUAAUUGGUAAAAGGGGGAAAACAAGUUCUCUUUGUUAAGGUCGUAGCUUCCAAACCAUGGAAGAUGGUUUUUAGUCACGAGCCUAAGAUUUUGGUGUUGUUUUCUCUUAAUUAUUUGGUGUUGUUUGCUUUGAUCGUUUCUGUGAGGAUACUCUAGCAGUCCAUCUUAAGAUUUUAACUUUAUGGCUGGAAUUCUUCACUUGCACUUCGAGGUAUCUCCAGGAAUGGGCCAGUGAUGGGGUUGAGGAGGUCUGUUUGAAUCUUUUAUUUUGUCUGAAUAUCCUGAUCAGUGACAUUCUUAGAAACAAAAGUUUUGAUAACUAUGUAAACUUUGGCUGGGAUCCGGCUUUCAUGUUGGCUGGUUGAUGGUUGACAUGGCUCUUUCUUUGUUGUAUCGAGUUUCUGCAGUCAUAACGUCAUGUUUAAUUGUUAAAAUGGGUCUUGUUUUCCAUGGAGCAGAUGAGCCCAUGUCGAGUUCUAGAAGAGGAAGUUUCUAUGGGGAUAACUCAAGGAAUGCAGCAGUGUCAACUAGGCAUGAUAUGUAGAUUGUAGAUUACUCAAGGAAUGCAGCAGUGGUGGCACCGCGAGGUAGAGAUUUCAUUUCAUGGGUCUUUCUUGUACAUCUGCCAAGGCUAGGAAGGUACUAACAUUGUAAAACUUGCUUAGAUUAGAGAUAAUAAUCCGCAUAGGGGUGCUAUUUGAACUGCACCUUUGACAUGGAUGUAUAGAGUGAAUGGAAUGUGCUUAUACUUUACAUUUAGAACCUUUUUCCUGAUGGUGGAUUCAGUUGAUAUAUUUAGGAGAAUGAAAAUCGCCUUUGGUUUUGGUAUGCCAACUAAAUCUACACUUGGGUUUCACCGUCGAUCAAUGUGGUUUCAAUUCAAAAUACGCAUGGAUGUUCCCACUCCUUGGAGGGUAAUUGUUGCUCUGAAUUAUCGAUCUUAUACUAUUUAUUAACAUGCUCAUAUUAAUACAACUCAUUCUUGUAUAGUCGAAGUUCAGAUCAAGGAGAAUGACAACUUGUUUCCCAUUUGUUUCCUACUUAUCAUCUGCAAAGUGAAUGUCAUUAGAAGAAAGGAUUUAAUACCAAUCAAAACCUGGAAAAUAGCGGUCCAAUCUAAUUUUCUUCUUCGUUUUGGUUAAUUUAAUUAAAAAAUUUAUUUAUAUUUAAAUAUGAGGUUUGUCAUCAUAUUUGUAAUAUUUAUUUUAUUAAAAUAUGAGUGUUAGA